AUGGAAGCUUUGUCAGGGGAAUUGGAAAGGCUGCGGCUACACAGCAGUAACCUCGAUCAAGACGGAAUAGACUCCAUAGCUGGUGAACAACGACCACCAAAGCGACAGCGGAAAACCAAAGAGGUCAUCAAAAAGGAACUAGAGCAAGAGUUCCUAACACCCUCAAAGUCUUUCAACACGCAGUGGUUGAACCAGCUUCAGCAGCGCUGGGAUGUACCUACCAAUUAUCGCAGCCUGUUCCAAAUCGCCCCAACACAAACCCGGACCAUCAUCCGCUUCACGCGCGAGGGGCUAGAGGGCCGCGUCACAGGAUACAAAGAAGUCACGGUUCCAGCAAAUUCAGCAACAGCGAAAAACUCCACUUCUCUUCUGAGGAAGCCUGCCAAUAGAGCUGAAUUCGUACGUGGAGCAGCCGGCUUUUUUCCUUUCGCGCCUGGCGGUCUUGAUGGCGUGGAAGCAGUAGCUGCCAUUGAAGAUGAAGUCAUCCAACAGCAAGAGGAUGCGAAUGGAAAACGGAGUGGUGGACUUGACAGGGUCAUCAACUUCAGUGCUGAAGGAGGCUUGUUGGAGGUACCACCCGGUUUUACUCGUGGCCUCGACUUCCAGAAAAAGCCAACUACGGACGCCAAGGCUGCACAAGAGGUGGAGGACACCUUAGGAGAGGCGUCUGCACCCGCCAAGGAUAUCGAUGCCGAUGACGAGGAGACCAUAGACAAGACCGGCGCAGACGUCGAAGUACCUGAUGACGACCAGGAACCUGGAGACGAUGAGAUCGAUGCCUUGUUACCAGUAGAGUUCCCUGCAUUGGCUCCUCAUGGUCCGCUCGCUAUGAGUGCAGGAAGAAAAGGUGGACGAGAGUGGGCUCACAUGGUCGACAUCAAUCGCGAUAUCACCAACUUUCGGGAGCUCGUGCCAGAUAUGGCGCGCGAGUGGCCCUUUGAGCUUGAUACCUUCCAGAAAGAGGCAGUGUACCAUCUUGAGCAUGGCGAUUCAGUGUUCGUAGCUGCACAUACGUCCGCCGGUAAGACAGUGGUUGCAGAGUAUGCGAUCGCACUUGCUGCGAAGCAUAUGACGAAAGCAAUCUACACCUCUCCUAUCAAAGCUCUCAGUAAUCAAAAGUUCCGCGAUUUCCGCCAAACAUUUGAUGAUGUGGGCAUUCUUACGGGAGAUGUGCAAAUCAGGCCCGAAGCUAGCUGUCUUAUCAUGACUACCGAGAUUCUCAGAAGUAUGCUGUACCGGGGAGCAGAUCUGAUCAGAGACGUAGAGUUUGUCAUUUUUGAUGAAGUACAUUACGUCAAUGAUCUGGAGCGAGGUGUUGUCUGGGAAGAGGUCAUCAUCAUGCUGCCGGAGCAUGUGACGCUCAUUCUACUAUCCGCCACUGUCCCCAACACCUACGAGUUCGCGUCCUGGGUGGGUCGAACGAAGAAGAAAGACAUCUACGUUAUCUCUACCCCGAAGCGUCCAAUUCCUCUCGAACAUUAUCUCUGGGCUGGGAAAGGCAUCCACAAAAUUGUCACAGCAGACAAAAAGUUUAUCGACAAUGGUUGGAAAGACGCGAAUGAUAUCUUGUCCGGAAAAGACAAGGUCAAGGCACCUCCUGCAAAUGACACUCAAACUGGUAGAGGCGGUGGCGGUCGUGGAGGUCCACCUGCUAGAGGGGGCCAGAAUCAACGUGGAAGAGGUCAACCGGGUGGCGGUAGAGGAGCGCCCCGUGGUGGAGGACCUCCAGCUACUAGGGGCCGUGGUAACAUUGCAAGGACGGGCCGCGGUGGAGGCCGAACCACAGCCGCGCAAGAUCGAAACAUCUGGGUCCACCUCAUACAGCAUCUCCGGAGCAAAGAUCUUUUGCCUGCUUGUAUAUUCGUCUUUUCCAAGAAGCGAUGUGAGGAAAAUGCCGAGGCGCUUUCGAACAUCGAUUACUGUAACGCUGCAGAAAAGAGCGCGAUACACAUGACCAUCGAGAAGUCACUGGCUAGGCUGAGUAAAGAAGACCGUGAACUUCCCCAGAUUAAGCGUCUGAGGGAGCUGCUUAGUCGAGGCAUUGCCGUCCAUCACGGCGGCAUGUUGCCUAUCGUCAAAGAGGUUGUAGAGAUCCUUUUCGCCAAGACACUUGUCAAGGUCCUCUUUGCUACGGAGACUUUCGCCAUGGGUCUCAACCUCCCCACCAGGACCGUUGUAUUCUCUGGCUUCCGCAAACACGAUGGGCGCGAGUUCCGGGACUUGCUCCCUGGCGAGUACACUCAGAUGGCCGGCCGCGCAGGACGACGAGGACUGGACACAGUUGGUACUGUCAUUAUCUGUGCGCCCGGAGCCGAUGAAGCACCGCCAGCAGCCAGACUCCGUCAGAUGAUGCUCGGAGAACCGACGAAGCUCAGAUCACAGUUCCGCCUUACAUACAACAUGAUGCUGAACCUUCUACGUGUAGAAGCUCUGAAGAUUGAAGAGAUGAUCAAACGAAGUUUCAGUGAGAACGCCACCCAAGCGUUGCUGCCAGAACAUCAAGGCAAAGUCAAAGUCUCAGAAGCUGAGUUGGAGAAAAUCAAGCGCGAGCCUUGUGACAUCUGUGACAUCGACUUAGAGGCCUGCCACCAGUCUUGCGAGGACUACAAGAGACUGACCAACGAGAUGCAUUUGAGUUUACUCAUCAACCCUAUCGGACGACGAGCCCUGGCCAAAAAUAGGUUGGUUGUCUACAAGAAGGACAACAAACGCACAGCAGGUAUGCUGAUGCAAGAUGGCACUAGCAAAGGCAACGAGCCCACCGUCAAAGUCUUGGAAGUGGCGCAGCACCAGGAUCGCAAGCCUGACGACCUUCUGCCAUAUCUCGGUCCUUUUGCGAAGUUGUUCCGCAAGCUACCGAAUAACCCCAAGGAUUUGAUCCUGAAGACAGCCUACGUACCCCUGAACGACAUCGAGUGUUUUACCAAGACCAUUAUCGAUGUUCCUGAGUCUGUCCAGAACCUGGGUCGGUCCAAGUCUAAGGACACGCUGAAGUUGGCCCAAGAUCAGUUCCUACCUUUGUGUGGAUCUUGGGACUACGAAGACUGGGAUGAGUACGAUUACAGCCGCAUCAAGAGCCUCAAGUUCCGCGAAUUGGCGGAAGCCCGCGUCAAAGAGGGACAGAAUGCGGUUAGCAAAGAAUGCCUGAAGUGUCCAGACUUCUUGAAACACUUCACCCAGGAGCACGAUCAGUGGCUCAUUAAAGAAAACAUCCUUGCUCUCCGCCAGCUCAUGUCAGAUCAGAAUUUACAGCUUCUCCCUGACUAUGAACAGCGCAUACACGUACUCAAGGAUCUCGGCUUUAUUGACGAAGGUUCUCGCGUAGAGCUCAAGGGCAAGGUAGCCUGCGAGAUCCACUCCGCAGACGAGCUGGUCCUUACCGAGCUGGUUUUGGAGAACGUCCUCGCCGAGUACGAACCGGAAGAAAUUGUCGCACUACUCUCGGCCUUUGUCUUCCAAGAGAAGACCGACGUAGAGCCUACGCUAACAGCGAAUCUGGAACGUGGUGUCGCAAAGAUUGUUGAGAUCUCUGAGAAGGUCAACAAGAUCCAAACCCUGCACCAAGUCAUCCUCUCCGCAGAUGACUCGAAUGACUUUGUCAGCAAACCCCGCUUCGGCAUGGUCGAGGUGGUGUAUGAGUGGGCACGAGGCAUGUCAUUUAAUCGCAUAACAGACCUGACAGAUGUCAUGGAAGGCACUAUUGUCCGCGUCAUCACCCGGCUAGACGAGACGUGUCGCGAAGUCAAGAACGCCGCUCGGAUUAUCGGCGACCCGACUCUGUUCCAGAAAAUGGGGACGUGUCAGGAACUCAUCAAACGGUAUGUGCUCUACCCAUUAGUUUCUCUUGUGUUCCGUAUCCGCGCCGGCGGGUUACGCUCUGGUGUUUGGGAUUGCUGGGAUGAAAACUGA